CCUUUAAUACUUCGAAAAAUCGAGGUUAAAAAUCACUCCUCGAUUACAUUUACGCACAUUCAUACGCAUGUAGAUGCAAAUGUAUUACGCGUACAUAUCUUUAUAUCUUCAUUGCUGCUGGUUGGUUAUCUUGGAUUUGUCUUCAGAUUUUUCAGCAAAAACCAAUUGGUUAGCUAUUUCGGGUGUAUCUUGACUAACUUGGUUAUUCUUUCUUGCAUCAUUUCUCCAUAUGCAGUUUAUAAUAGUUGUUGAAUAUUAAUAGCAUUCUUUUAAAUGGCAUUGAGUUAUUUUUGUCCGUGCAUGUCUCAGAAUCACACUUAUUGGAAACAGCUCUAUAUUUAGCAAGAAAUGGUUCUCCAUCCCAAAGUGGAAUUUGCUGUUCUUUUUCUCUAUGCUUUUUUUAAGUCUUGAUAAGGCCUCAUGUUGGCUCUAUCUAUGCGGAUUCUUGUGUGUACCCUUGAGAAUGCAUUCCAUUAGCUGUUUCCUCAAUUCUUUCUUAGGUCAUUUACAGCUUCUAUUCCCUUUUUGUAAAAGUUUUUAAUGAAAUAUGGGGCAUAAUCUGAUAUGCCCUGUGUAAAUACAGAAUGACAUUGUAGCUAUACCGGGCUUAAAUAAGUAGGAAAUGCUUCCCCCUCCGGAUUCUUGUUCUUUUGAAUCAUUGAUGCUUGGACUUUAGCUACCGACCCUUUUCUAUUCUUUUGAACUUUAUAGUCUGGUAACAGAAUCAUAAACAGCGAUACCAUCGGAUCUGAGGGUAAAGUAUGGAGAGGAAUGAAAUACAGGAAGGAACAAUGGCUGUGGCUAUCGAUAGAGAAAAAUCAAGCCAUCAGGCUCUCAAAUGGGCUGUCGAGCAUUAUAUACCCCGGAGCAGGUCCGUAAAACUCGUUCACGUCAUCCAGAGGUCACCACUUACCACCAAUGGACCGUCCCUCGAUGAUGAAUUGCCCGAUAGAAAAAACAAUGGCAGAAGGAGCUCUCAGAUGUUUCUUGCAUUACGCUGCCUUUGUAUGCGCAGAAAUAUACAAAGCGAAAUAGUGUUAUUGGAAGACCAAGAUGUGGCAAAAGCGUUGAUUGAAUAUAUCACUCAGAAUAGCAUUGGUACAUUUUUGCUAGGUGCCACGGUGAAGAAAAGCAUUACCAGGCUAUUCAAGGGAGAGGACAUUCCCAGUAAUGUGAUGAGAUGGGCACCGGAUUAUUGCACUGUUCUUGUUGUAUCGAAGGGAAAGUUAGCGAGUGUACGGUCUGCAACCCGUCCUCUACCUCAAGCUUUGAUGUCAUCCUCUACGGGAAACACACCACUGUCACCACGUUCCACCGCCAUUGAUGAGGCACCUUCUGUGAUGUCGUUGUCUAGAGAUGAAGAUGUUUUGUUCGAGGAGCUUUCAACUUUUGAGCCUGAUACCCCCGCUGUCGCCAGGAUAAGCACGGACAAUUCGCUCUUAUCCUUCUAUGAGAACCUAGGCUCCCGAAACUUGUCGGAGAUUUCUAAGGUCUCGAGUAUGGAUUGGAAGCUUUGCGAGAAAUCCAAGUUGUCGGUCGAUCUUUCGAGUUCUCGUGGUUUGCCAUGCAUCUCAGAAUGGGCUCCAGAAACAAAUACAUCGGUGGGAAAUACGGAGGAUAACAAGGUCGAGAUGAGUUGGGUAAGGAUAGAGCUGAAGCAGACUAUGGAAAUGUAUCGCGCCGCAUGCAGAGAGGCACUAGCGGCUAAACAGAAGGUAGCGGAGCUCGAGAUAUGGAAAAAGAGUGCCGAACAAAGGCUUCAAAUGGCCGAAGAAACGACUUUGGCCAUCGUGGAGAUAGAGAGGUUGAAAUGCAAGGCGGCGUUAGAGAAGGCGGAAACGGCUCAGAGGCUCGUAGAGCUCGAGGUAAAGAGACGGGUGGAUGCCGAGAGGGUGGCGAUGAGAGAGGCCGAGCAGAGGAAGAUGGCUUUAGAUGCUCUUGGCCAGUCUCGGGCCGUCGUUAAGCACGAGAGCUUACUCCAUAUCUUGAUCGUUCUGUUUCUCUUGUAUCUCUAUUUCUCCAUGUUCAAAUGACUUGAAAACGACCGUCAAAACUGCAUUGAGCUGUCGGGUUAUUAGAUGUAGUGGAAAUAUUCUUGCAAUUC